AUGGUAGACUCAGGUACCCCCGAAAAGACCCCGCUAGCUGCCCGGGCCGAGACGUCCAAAUUCCCGUCCUGCGUGGUCUGUAACAGGCGCAAAGUCCGAUGUGAUCGCCAGGACCCUUGCUCCGCGUGCGCGAAGAAUGGAACUGAAUGCAUUUAUCGAGCACAUCCGCCUCCACGACGGCGCAAGCGGCGCCCCUCGGAUGAGGCCCAUCGUCCAGCCAGUCCACAGCGCCUCCGACGUUCCAGACAGGACACCGGCUCGUCUGGCCCUAGGGGUGAUACACAGGGGCUGCUCUCGCCCAUGACCAUGUCGAACACGUCUCUUGUGCCCACGGGGAAUGAUCCGGGUAUGUUGAUUACAGAAGGGGGGAGGUCGGUCUAUGUCGAUGGGAAUAUGUGGUCAAGUAUCAGCACAGAGCUGCCACCCGCGGAGGACGUGCUACGCGAUGCGUCGGUCUACAGUGAUUCGGACCAGUCGUUAGAGGGGACAGAUGACGAGUCCUCUCUUAUUCUCGGUGCACGCACGAAGACGCAGAUCACGGACCUACAUCCCCAGCCGUUGCACAUCUUCAAGCUCUGGCAGGUCUUUCUGGAGAACGUACACCCCUUGAUCAAAAUCCUGCAUAGACCCACAGCUCAGCAGCAUAUCAUCGAUGCCAUCGGGGAUCUGAGCGCAGUCCCGAAAGGGCUUGAAGCACUUCUGUUCUGUAUAUACUGUAUCGCGCUGAUCUCGAUGGCCCCGCAUGACGUCCAGCAGGCUUUCGGAGACAGCAAGACUGUCCUUUUGUCUCGCUUCCGUCGGGGAGCUCGACUUGCUCUCUCGAAUGCUGGCAUUCUACGCACGUCGGAUGUUGUGGUUCUUCAGGCGUUUCUGUUGUAUUUGCUUGCAAUGCGAGCAUUCUCGGAUCCACAGUCAAUCUGGUCUCUUUGCGGUGUCGCUAUCCGGGUGGCACAGCGUAUUGGACUCCAUCGAGAUGGCUCCCACCAUGGCCUUUCUAUCUUCGAGACCGAAAUGCGUCGACGCCUUUGGCUUCAGCUGAGUAUAUUAGACGCUACCACGGCACAGCUUACAGGCAUUGCUGCACAAACAUCUCUGAUGGCUGCCGAUGUGCAGCGUCCGGCGAAUGUCAAUGACUGCGAUCUAGACCCGCGGAUGACGGAAAGGCCUCGUGAACAUAGUGGAGCGACCGAAAUGAUCUUCUGCCUCGCCCGCUGUGAAUUUGGCGAGUGGCUUGCUCGAUGGUCGGGAAAGUCAGGCCCCCUGCCAACGGGUCAAAGCUUCUUGAGCAAUUCGGCAAUCUCACUAGCUGAGAAGGAUAGGGCGAUUGAUGCGCUUAGCCAGAUCUACGAGACAAAAUACCUGAAAUACUGCGACACCUCGAUCCCGCUGCACCAGAUGACUAGCAUCGUGAUCCAUGCGAUCACAUCUCUGCUCCGUUUCUCUGCACAUCACCCUCGCCAACACGCUGAACAGGGAAGUCAUAAUUCACAGUCCGAUCAAGAUCGAAUCUUCUCAAACUGCGUGCGCAUGGCCGAGAACUGUGAUCUUGUGCAGACGAGCGAUAUCACGCAGCGGUAUAAGUGGCAUGUGGAGAAUCACAUUCCCUGGACACCGCUGAUACACAUGCUCUAUGAGUUACGGAAUCGUGUCGAUGGGGAAGAGUCGGACAGGGCAUGGUUCCUCAUCGACCGGAUCUGUAGUCGACAUUUUCGCAGGUUGCAGGCGCGACAACAGAGAAUAGCUUUCAAUGUGGCUUUGCAGAACUUGAUCCUAAAGUCUUGGAAGGCACAUGCAGCGGAGCGGGCUCGUUGUAGCAUGCCUCCUCUUCCAUGUCCUGCUAUUGUGUCUACAAUCUGCGACAUGCGGGGCAAGCAGCAAUUGGCCGCUAAGGAUCUCAGUGCAGAAAUCUCUUACGAAGAAGCCCCGAUAGGCGUUAGCAGCCGAGAUUCGGAUCAGCUCGUCGAGGCAGUCUUUCCUAAUGGACAGGGACUCGGAACCCUUGAUCUGGACCAGGUUAGCGAUUUCUGCCCCAUGGAUUGGACGCAGUGGGAUCGGUUGCUUGAGGAUUUCCAGCACCAGUACACGAAUGAUGGCGAUCCACACCUGAACGUGUAG